UAAUAAAUGUUUUUAUCGGUUCAUGAAGAUUCAAAUCCCGAAAGUAAAUUUAGGUUGAAAUUGGUACCAAAUCCUAAAUUUGUAGCAGUUCUUGGGGGAGUAGACACAUAGUGGAGAUUAAAUUAGAGCGUUCUAUCGAACAAAACCAUCGAAGCAAAGGAGUCACCGGGAGCGCGAUAAACAGAGGGGAAGAGGGCAGUAGCUUUAUUUUCGCGGAAUUCGUAGCUUUAAUUUCAUCGCCUUCAAUUCCUUUUUCCAAUCUAAACGCCCCUUCAAACGCGCAAUCUUGAUUUAGCUUGAAAUCCCAAUUAUCUGCGUGCGUGAUUUUUCCCAAAAAGUGCACGUAUAUAUUUUCCGUAUAUUCUCCCGAUUUCCGUCUUCCAGGUUUCUCUGUCCUCCACCCACCCACCCACCCACCCACCGAAGAUCGUAUUUUCUUUCGGUCUUCUCUUCUCCCUCCACUUUACUGCUCUUUCAAGGUGAAAUUCACAGUUUGAAAAUCCAGUUUAUUCAAAUUGAAGAGGGAGGGUACUAGUUCGUGGAGGAAAUAGUACUUCUGCGGGCUUAUGUACUCUCGUAUCCAAUUGCCAACAUAAUCAUUGGCCAAUAAUUUUGAACUUGAAUGCAAGUGAAUAGCUGAAUUGAUCUAUCUGUUGACUUGGGAAUCUGCUGGAUUAGAUAAUCGAGAAUUUUAAGAGAUUUGUAGGCGUUGGCACAAUGGGUGCUGUCUGCUGCUGUUUGAGCAUGGACGAUUUUGAAGACUAUGUCAAUCCUAAUAGUUCGGUAUAUAGGAAUUGCACCUGUCUUAGUUGCUUCAUUCAGAAUUUCUUAAACGCCUACACAUUGAUUUUUCGAAGAGGAGAAGUGCAUCCUGUCUCUUCAUCAAUUCAAGGGGCGACAUCCAUGAGUUCUGCAUCAUCGACAGACAACUCUUUAUCUGAAAUAUACCGCUCACCUCCAAGGCCAUUGCCAUAUGAUGCUGACCCCAGAUACAUCCGCUUGCAGCGGGAUGGAUUGAUUUCGAGGCGCGAGAAGGGUUCAAGCCAUUUACAUGAGGAGUCAGAACCUCUAAGAGGUGAAGUAGAUACAGAUUCAGAUUCUUUGGGCUCGGCAGGCAAAUGGAAUGGAUCUGCUUGUCUUGACGAAUCUAAAGAAAAUCUUGGCAAGUCAUCUCUAAAGAUCCCAUCAACUAAAUCUACCACUGGAGCAGGGUAUGCUUAUACAUCUUCGGAAGACGAGGAUGUCUGUCCAACAUGUCUUGAAGAAUAUACCUCAGAGAAUCCCAAGAUAGUGACAAAAUGCUGUCAUCACUUUCACCUUGGAUGUAUCUAUGAGUGGAUGGAGAGAAGUGAUAACUGCCCAGUUUGUGGCAAGGUAAUGGCAUUUGAUGAAACGACUUGAUUGUUCGUGUCGUGUCGUGGAUGAAGGCGGCGGCUGCGGCGGCAGCAGCAGCAGCACCUCGGGCAUAAUAACCAACAGGAAGAUGGUGAUUUGUGAAUAUUGCAGGAUAAUAUUUUUCAACCAUAGUAAAUAUUAUGAAUGAAAGUCUAACCAAGGUUGGAUCCAUCUGUUUCCUCUCUCUCUCUCUCUCUCUCUUGUUCUUCAUUUUUCAAAGAGAUUCAAAGAUUAUUUCUAAGUUAUACAGUGUUGUUGAAACCGAUGUUUCACCAAAAUAUAUGAUCUUAUAGGGGGAAGAAAAACAGGUGUUGUGAAUGACUGAGAAAUCUUUCCAUCCCA